UAACAUCGGGAAUUGUGUGAUGCAGUCUACGGCACUGGCGGAUGCACAGAGACGUGGCUUCCGCGCACAGGGACAGUGCCUUUCCUACACUACCAAGCUGUUCCUGCUAGCCUCCGAGUACGUGCGUGAGGAAUACGGAUUCCACUUCUACUCCAAAGCACGAAACAUUAGCCAUGAGGUGACAGCUUGCUACAAUGCAGUUCUUGAGAAGUAUGACGUGCUAGCUAUGCCAAUCCUCAUCUAUCCGGCACCAGACAUACCGACAACCGCGACCCCUAUAAAAAAGAUGAUCGACCAUACCAUCGGCAUGCUGCAGAACACAGUCGCGUUCAACGUCACCGGACAUCCGGCGAUCUCCAUCAACGCUGGCUUCACGGCCGACGGCCUUCCCGUCGGUCUCAUGCUCGUCGGCAAGCUGUGGGAUGACGUCACCGUGCUCGACGCCGCCUACGCCUGGGAGCGGCUCCGCGGCGCAGACGACACACCCCGCGUGUGAUGUCACGCGGCGUAGGGCACGGCCUGCCGUGACGUCACACGCCACCGCAGACGACACACCCCGCGCGUGCUGUGACACGGCGCGAGGCGCGGCCCACCGUGACUUCACACGCGGCCGCCGACGCAGGACGGGUUCUGAUGCGGACGCGUGUGUCAUUCCAGGCGGGAACACGAGACAGCGCAUGCGAUCAGAAAUCCGAGACCGUGUGAGGAAGUGCGGCCGCUGCUCUACGUACAAUAACUGGAUAGCGGGAUGUCGUGUCACGGCAGUGCUAGCGGAAGUCUCCAUGUCAGUGAAGAGUCCAUAAUAUAAAAUCAUGCGUAUCAUGAUACUCUUUUUUUCUAUUAUGGACUCUUGAUGUCGGUCGACCGUCGAAUCCGUUGUGUGUUUUAGUACGGCAAUGUGCAUUAGAAUAUGCAGCUGCUUCAUUGCUCGAUAUUUGGGCUGAUCAGUGUGGUGGCCGCAUGAUAUUAGAUAAUUCCCCCAAUGAACUAUCCAGUUAUUAUAUAUUAUCCAUAUAUAGAUUAGUGGUUAUGGCCUGCAAUGAUGUCACACAGCCGUCAAAACGGUGACAUAUGACGACGUUGUGGUGACGACUAGUUCUAACCACGAAGGCUGGUGUGACACUUCUCAAUGACGUCUUAUACAUAUAUACGAAUA